AUGAUCACUCAACGCCCUUCAUUCCGCUACCUGGUCACUGGCGCCGUGGUAUCUCUGUUUAUCCUUACAUUCCUCGUCCUCGGCACCGGUUCACCCUCACUCUCAUCACAAUUUAAUAUAAAGACACAAUCACGACAGCCAUAUUGUGCCCCGCCCGUGAACUCUUCCGCUGGUUGGGAAUUUGUCGUUGAGCGCGAUGGAAACAACCACGGUCUCUCUGAGGACCAAUGUCGCAUUGCUUUCCCGAAGCUAUUUGUUGAGAUUGACAAGUCCUCUAUAUCGAGAGAAAACAAGCUAGUUUCCUACAAGGAGCUCGAUUCCAGGACAGUGGAUGAUGGCCUGGUGCGGGGGAUUAUUGAUCGAGGACAGUUGUAUAUUGUCGAUUACGCCCCAAUGCCCGUAACAGCAUCCCGAGCACGCGCAACCCUAAACUCCCUCCACCGCGCCCUAACAGCAUUCCCAGACCGCCACCUCCUCCCCAGCAUCGAGUUCAUCUUCACCACAGAAGACUUCGCUGAAGAUACAAAUGCCCCGAGUCCCAUCUGGGCCUACUCAAAACGCGACUCGGACACUUCAGUCUGGCUAAUGCCCGACUUCGGAUACUGGGCCUGGCCAGAAGUGCAGAUCGGUCCGUAUCAUGAAGUCAGGCGUCGCAUUGCCGCAAUCGACGACGGCGAAACUGCCGCAGACGGUACAUACGUGUCGGGUCUGAAAUUCCAGGAGAAGAAAAAGCAGCUCGUCUGGCGCGGUAGUCUGGCCACGAACCCGCCUGUCCGCAGUAAGCUACUCAAGUCUGCGUCGGGUAGUAGCUGGGCUAGCGUGCGCGUCAUUGAUUGGGAUGAUCCAAAUGAUAUCAGAUUCAAUCUUCUGCCUAUCGAAGAUCAUUGUCGGUAUAUGUUCCUCGCGCAUACUGAGGGCAGGAGCUUCUCUGGUCGUGGGAAGUAUCUUCUUAACUGUCGUUCGGUUGUUAUCUCCCAUGCGCUUGAAUGGCGUGAGGCUCAUCAUGCCGCGCUUAUCUCGACUGGGCCUGAUGCGAACUAUAUUGAGGUUGAUCGGAAUUGGUCCGAUCUAUCGCGUAAGAUCGAUUAUCUGAUUGAUAACCCUGACAUUGCGGAGCGUAUUGCCAAUAAUGCUGUGCGCACUUUCCGGGAUCGCUAUCUUACUCCGGCGGCUGAGUCGUGUUAUUGGCGUCAGUUGAUUCGGCAGUACUCUGCUGCUUGUGAUUUCGAGCCUGUCUUGUUCUCGACGGGUCGAGAUGGGAAAGACACAGUCGAGGGGUGUUCCCUAUGA